UCCGACGACAUUCACAUGCGCAUGGCACGCCUCUCCAAUCUCCCAAGAGAGCCUCGACAAUGCAUUGUGCCCAGCAGCGUACACGACAGCGACUCCAUUCCCAGAUGAAGCUAUAGCAAAUCUAAGCCCUCGACUCACCCCCCACCCACGCCCUCACCAUGUCCAAACUCUCCCCCUCCCUCGACACAGACGACGCGCAAAACCCCAAAGCCAACGCCGCCGCCCUCGACUUCCUCCUCAUCGAGCUCGUCCCACUAGCCCAAAGGAUCACAGAGCAAGUGCAGGCGCGUGAAAAGGUGUUGAUGGAGGAGUACCGGCGCAGCAAGAUCUUCACCAACAACACCGCAUCAUCAUCAUCAAGCGACAAGACAACCUCGACGAGUGCGACAGAUGGGGCCGAUGUUGCUUCCCCUCCCUCUGCAGCGAAGGAUACAAAGGCAGAGGUGACGAGUAUAGGCUUCCCCAUCGUAGACGAGCAAGCGCGCGAAGGCAUGUUCUGGCGACUUGACAGCCUAGGCUACAGAGUGGGACAAGGGCUAGUCGAGCGCUUCUCCGCCAACAAACCCCGCCCGCAAACGCCCCUCGACUGCAUCAAAUUCGUGUGCAAAGACCUGUGGCAGCUCGUCUUCCGCAAGCAAAUCGACAACCUCAAAACCAACCACCGCGGCAUCUUUGUGCUGACCGACCAGCGCUUCCAGGCGCUCAGUCGCAUGAGCGUGGAUAAGCGCGCAGGGCCGAAAGCGUUGGAAGAGGCGUUGAGCCGGGCGCAGCUGUCUCUUUACUUCCCUUGUGGCGUUAUAAGAGGCGCGCUGGCGGGGCUGGGCAUUACGGCGAGCGUGACGGCCGAGUCGACGGAGCUGCCGACUGCGACGUUUCAAAUCAAGACGAAAGGGGCGAAUGCGUGAGGAGCGUAUAUGGACCAAAUUUGACGAAUCAUCGGUCGAGGUAGUCGCCGGGUAUACGACAUCAGGGCGGUCAUGGAGCAAGUGGCAGAGGACUUCAGGCCGGCCUCGAGCAACCACACUCACAGUCAACCAUCGAAAGAGACACAGAAACUUGAGGCCAUGGAGAUGUAGCGAGGAAGACGAGCCUGAGAAG